CAGGGGAGAGUUUGGCAAUAAUUGUACCAGUGGAAAAUGAGGAGUUCCCUGCCUGCAAUAAUUGAGGAGAUGACCAAAGCAAUAUCUGAUCUGAAUGUCAGCCACAAAAAACUCUUAGGUCAACAAAAGGGGGUCUUAUGCCCCUGCAACCCUUCUAUGAUCCAAACUUGCAAUGCAGAAAAAGCUCUUCUGAACAAAAGACUGAGCUCAUGCAAUUUACAACUGAAAUCUGUGCUUCCCCAGAGAGACUCAUUACACCAACAAGUGAAUGUCCUCCGUUCCCAAAUGGCUUCUGUGACUAAACAGAGAGACACAUUACAGAGUCAGAUGAAUGUCUUUGCGAAGUAUCAAAAUGAUGGAUGGCAAUAUUUCCGUGGAAGUCUUUAUUACAUGUCUACAACCACUGCAAACUGGCAGACCAGUCGAGAUUACUGCGUGUCAAAGGGAGCAGACCUGGUGAUCAUCAACGACGCUGCUGAAAACAAUUUUGCGAGAGGAUUCAAACAGGGGAUCUGGCUUGGGCUGUACAAGGAAGGAUCCCGCUGGAAAUGGGUGGACGGAAGUUACCUGUCAUCUAGUGUCAGCUAUUGGAUUCCAAAAGAACCCAACAAUACCGGGGGCCGGGAAGACCGCGUGGAAAUACAGUACUUCAACUAUUUCAACUGCUGGAAUGACUCACCACAGACAAAUAAGAACUACUGGAUUUGUGAAAAGAAAGUUGUUUAGUGGGAACUUUCUGGUCAUUAAAUGACAUUAGCUAGAGAUUUGCUGAGGUUAAAACCUCAAUAUAGAUCUUCUCUGUCUUUCUGCUUUACUUUUCAAACAUAAUAACAACAUUAUAAUCUACUGGUGUAUUGGGGAUACAUAAUGAAUUUAAUCUUUUGGUGUUCUACAACUGCAUACUCUUCUGUGCCUCAAUAAAGCAUUGCAAACCAAGUUCAGUAUGUUUCAUUACUUCCAUCACUAACUUGCUAUUAAAACACAGUUUUGUGAAACCUCAAGAUAGUGUCAACAAGGAUGUCCUGCAGGAUUCUUUAACAAAAUGACACAGAUUUAAUUUUUUUUAUCACAUGAAGCGCCAAUUCGGAAUUCUCUCCAUAAAGUCCCCCUCCAAAGAAAAUUAUGUUUUCUGAGUUUUUAACAUGUACAGUAUGUGAGGCAUUUUUCUUCUGAAAGAGAAAAAAAUAAAUCAUUUCGUGUUUGCAUUUCCAAGUAUUUCUCAUUUUAAGUUGCUGUCACUCAAAGCAUGUCUGGGGGGGAUAAGGGGCGGGGUUGCGCAGCUCAGCACCAUAAGCCACGCCCACACAGAGGAUUUUUUUUUUUUUUAAUAAAGGCUUC